AUGCUGGGGAGAUGGGCUGGAGGCUCCUGUGUUGCUGUUGCGUUAGCAUCUGAGACUGAUGCUGGGGAGAUGGGCUGGAGGCUCCUGUGUUGCUGUUGCGUUAGCAUCUGAGACUGAUGCUACACGGCUGUGAUGAGACAGGGGAGAGGCAUGGGGUAGCCAGCGUAGGACAGAACUCACAGGAGGGCAGAGCUGCAGCUGUGAUCCUAGAGCAAGGAGAGCUAGGACUGCUGAUCACAUACACUCACACACAUAUAUACACGCACGCACGCACACACACACACCAGCAAAAGCAGCUGCUUUCAUGGAUUUGUGGUCCAGCGCAGCCACGACGGCUCCUCACCGACUGCUGCAGCAGGAAGGAGGUCGCUGAUGAGUCUUCAGAAUCAAAGCUACGUGGAGUCAGCAUGCGCGCACACACACCUGCAGAGGAGAGGCUCAUCGCUGCUGACCCAUGCAGUCCCCCUCAGAGAGAAGCAUGUGACCUCUGGACAUCACAUGCCCGAUAAGAACACUCUGAGCUCAACAGAAAGCUCCCGGCUGAUACUUAUAUCCUUGGAUGGUGAUCCACUGGGGUGAUACUCGUGCCCUUGGAUGGUGUUCCACUGACUCUGGAGCCUGAAAAAUAGCUUUCAAAUGUGCAGUGUUAUGUUUCACCAGUGGUGCUAGCAAUAACAUGCAUCUGUGCUAGUUGUAGCAUUAGCAAUAACAUCAGUCUCAUGGCUAACUAAAGAGCUUGUAGCAGCAUCAUUGCUAACAGUAAAGGUAGUAGGUCUGCCUGAUCUGGCAGAAGUGUUAGUAGUAGCAUUAGUGGCAGGGAUGUUGCUAGCUUAACUAUUAUGUUAAUUGCAAUGCUAACAGUAGCAGCAUUGUAAGCAGUAGUGAUUGGACAUCUGCAGAUUGUGGUGCCUAUAGCUUUUCUUUUCAGGUUUGAAGAUGCUGAUAGCACCACAACACUGCAGAGAUAUCUGUGCCAUUAGAUGUGUUAAUGGUUUGGUUAAGAGAGGCCAUCAGUAGCUUAAAAUGAAUCAGGUGCCUUUGGGGCCGCAGCUGUUGCUUCCCUGUUGCAUGAAUGUUACUUGACACCCAAUCAAAUUAGUGCAAACUGUAGCCAAGUCAGUACUAGCACCCAUUACAAUUAUCCUUGAUCCAGGGUUAGCUUGUGCAUUAGGGUUAGCUUGGCUAAACUUAGCUGUGCAUUAGGGUUAGCUUGUGCAUUAGUGUUAGCUUGGCUAUGCUUAGCUGUGCAUUAGGGUUAGCUUGGCUAUGCUUAGCUGUGCAUUAGGGUUAGCUUGGCUAUGCUUAGCUGUGGGUUAAGGUUAAGGUUAUCUUGGUUGGGCUCAGCGAUGAUAUUCUUGACAUCUGUAUAGUAAUGAUAGUGUGGUUGCAGGUCAAGUUGCAGCAUUAAUGCUGGUUUGGUCAGCUCUGACUUCACUGAUCAGGUGUGAUCUGAUUGGCUGAUGAAGGCUUCCUGGAUCAGACUGCUGAAAAGAGCAAAGGGGGGGCAACUGAAGAACUCUGACAUAUGUGGCUCAGCAGACUCAUACACCAGCCGUCCAUCUGACUCGGACGUGUCUGUAGAAGAUGAUAAAGAAGCCGAGAGACAAGCGCAGACGCAGCUAGACAAUGCUAAGACUAAGCCAGUGGCAUUUGCAGUGCGCACCAAUGUCAGCUUCUCUCCUGUUCCGGAGGACGAGGUCCCUGUGCCCGGAAUGGCUGUUGCAUUUGAAGCCAAAGACUUUCUCCAUGUCAAAGAGAAGUUUAACAACAACUGGUGGAUUGGGCGUCUGGUGAAGGAGAGCAGUGAGGUGGGAUUCAUCCCGAGUCCAGUCAAGCUGGAGACCAGCCGCCUCCAGCAGGAACACCGGGCCAAGCACAGCAAGUUCAGCAGGGCGAUGGCAAACUCUUCCUCCAGCUUAGGGGACAUCAUACCAAGCUCCAGAAAAUCCACCCCUCCCUCCUCUGCCAAGCUGAAGCAGAGGUCGUCAGAGCACAUUCCUCCUUACGAUGUUGUUCCUUCCAUGAGGCCAGUGGUGCUGGUGGGGCCAUCACUCAAAGGUUACGAGGUUACUGAUAUGAUGCAGAAAGCACUUUUUGAUUUUUUAAAACACAGAUUUGAAGGACGGAUCUCAAUCACUCGUGUGACUGCAGAUAUUUCUCUUGCAAAGCGCUCUGUUCUAAACAACCCCACCAAACAUGCCAUCAUAGAGCGCUCAAAUGCACGCUCCAACCUGGCGGAGGUACAGAGCGAGAUUGAGCGCAUCUUUGAGCUGGCCAGGACGCUGCAGUUGGUGGUGCUGGACGCGGAUACGAUCAACCACCCGACUCAGCUCAGCAAAACCUCACUGGCACCCAUCCUAGUUUACGUCAAAAUAUCUUCUCCAAAGGUUCUUCAGAGACUGAUUAAAUCCAGAGGGAAGUCCCAAGCCAAACAUCUCAAUGUGCAGAUGGUCGCCGCUGACAAACUUGCUCAAUGCCCCACGGAGAUGUUUGACAUCAUUCUGGAUGAGAAUCAGCUGGAGGAUGCGUGUGAGCACAUGGCCGACUAUCUUGAAGCUUAUUGGAAGUCCACGCACCCAUCCAAUGAGGCUACCGCCAAUCAACUGUCUGAAAUGCAGGACUCCACCAUUGACCUUCCGGUGGUUGGAAGAGAGGGCAACAGCACGGGUCCAGAGGAGCGUAAGGAUCACCAUCAGCACCAUCAUCACCAUCACCAUCAGCACCAUCAUCGUCAUCGGCAACAACAGGAGCAACAAAAGCAGCAUCAGGACGAGCAGCCACGGAGCUCUCGCAGCACACACACACACCCCCACUCCUCUACUGCACGGACCAAACACCACAACUACCACCACCACCAUCGCAGCAGAGCACGGGGCCAAGGGCGUCUAUCUCGGCAGGACACUCUGGAGAGUCAGGACUCACAAACACACUCCAUCACACACACACACACACGGCCUGGGCCUCCCGAGGAAGGGCAGCAUCAGACGAGUCGCCAUGACCACCAUCACCAUGGAAAUGAGGGGGAGCCACAUGAGCACAACUCACGCCCCUCACAGAUCAGGCCACGCCCAUGAGGAGGGUCUUCAGAGAGCCUCGGAGCACUGAACACACUCUUCUGACGUCAUGGGCACUCCAUUAACUCUUUACACACACUUCCUCAGAGUGACCAUCCCUCUCCUAACACACUGACCGGUCAUUGUGAUCUCGCCCGUAUCGCUGUCACAGAUGCCUAGUGACCCUACCCCUCACUUUUCACACUUUACAACCCCAACUCUCAAUUUGGUCAUUCUGAUUACAACCCCAACUCUCAAUUUGUUAAUUCUGUUUACAACCCCAACUCUCAAUUUGAUAAUUCUGAUUACAACCCCAAUUCUCAAUUUGUUAAAACACUUUGUUGGA